AUGAUCACUGGGUCCAUCUGCCCGACCCAGGGUCCUACCCCCUUGGUGGUCAGCCUGGUUGUCAGCCAAAUACGCCUAUCCUGGGUGCUUAUCGAUGGCGGCAGCGGGCUCAACAUCAUCUUCCCCAAGAUGUUGGAGAGCAUGGGCUACGACUUGACCACCCUGGUCCCAUCAGCGGAAGCUUUCUACGGGAUCAUAACCGGUUCCGGGUCGACUCCGAUCAGCAAGGUCACCCUCACGGUUAAUUUUGGCACCCAGAAGAACUACCGUAUGGAACACAUCGACUUUGAGGUGGCUGCGUUCGAGACUCCGUACCACGCCAUCCUUGGGAGACCCGCCCUCGCCAAGUUCAUGGUAGUCCCCAACUACACAUAUCUUGUCCUCAAGAUGCCUGCAUCGAUGUAG